CCUGGGCACCCUCACCCAUCCCGACGCUGCCAUCGACUUCCGCGCUCUAUCAUACGCCAAACCUGACUGAGCAACCGCCUAGAGCUCAGUCCAUUGCGAACACGUCACCGUAGCUUCCGAUUUUUAUGCACCCAGAGCCCGCUAUCGCUUCCGAAAACGCGCCUCUCCACGACCCCUCCCAGAAAACCCUUCCAUCCUCUUCCCAACAUGGACACACCUCGUUCCCUCAGCGGCCCUCUCCGUCUCGCGACGGGACAGAGAGCGGGCUAUAUCCCGGGCUUACAGGCGGGACGGUACAAUCGUCUCCCUAUCCACCAGCGCGCGCCUCUCCCGUCAGCGAAGCCGAACCAGUAAACACCCUAUCCCCACCCCCGCGCAACCGUAUCGCCGAGUAUGAGAACGCUCUCAAUCCAAAACCGAAGAAGCGUGGAGGCGUACUCUUUGAGGUUAUACCGAAGGAAAAUGGUGCCAAAGAGAACAGCUCGCCCAUAUCUGCCCUGCCAAACGAGGUGUUGACGCAUGCCCUUUCGCAUCUUUCACCAAACGAUCUGGCUGCAGUAGCCCUUGUAUCACGGCGGUUCAACUCGCUAGUCACAAGUCCCCACGCAUGGAUGGUCGCGUUCGCGCGCUAUUUUCCGGGGCCCGAGGCUCUCCUCGAUGAUGCUGUUCGAGAAGCCAUCGAGGAGGUUGGGGAUAUCAUCCGUUCUGGGAGACGUGCAUUCACAAGGUUGACAGCGUUGGCGUCAUGGAGAAGCGAGUAUAUCCUACGUACGAGGCUUUUACGCUCCCUCGUGAGGGGUAGGCCAGUCCAAGUUCCGGCGACUCCCUCGUCCCCACGGCCCACCUCAUUGCAAUUAGGUGCCCCUAUCGUCAUGUAUCCGGUACGGACAUUUACACUAGUCAACCACCUACAUGCGACAUUUGGAACGGGUCUGAACAAACGAGUGCCUCGGUUGAUUCACGGCGCUGAUGAUGUAGGCAUGGCAACGAGCAGCGACCCUACGACUGGGAAAGUGGAUGCUUGGGGGGAGAGUGACCCCACAUUCUUUGUCCAGUUCUCAGAAAGAUUUCCGGGGGAAGCUGAAUGGGGAUUGGGUCCGGGAGACGUUGUGGGUCGCCCGAAUGUUAUGGAUGUGUCUCAACCAUACGGUAUAAUUUAUGGCGAAGGCAGUCCUCAAGGGUCCUGCUACUACCGUGCCGUCGAUGAAAUGCGUGGCCACUUUAUUGCAGAGACAAUGGACUUCUCCAACCCGGCCGUAGGGAUACCGAAACUCGGAGUCGAUGGGGGUGCCGUCUGCUCUGUGUGGAUUGCCAAAUCGAAGACUAUCCCUACCUUGACUGAUGGGUUGGUAGGCAUGAUGAUGGGAUCUGCAGCUGGCGUUGUCACCGCCUGCAGUCUUGGUACUGAUGGGUUGCGUGGGCAACGCCUCCAGCGAGGGGAGCUUACUGCUCGCUGGGUGCUUAGUCCUGGUGUACCAAUCAUUGCCAUCGCUGUAGACGAUCAGUACUCUGUCAAGCGGCAAGCUCAGAAUCGCAUAUGGGCCGUGGCACUCAAUGCACUUGGUGAGAUCUUCUAUCUUACGAAGUUUCCCAGCCGUAAUCAGGUCUCGAGGGAUGGUCUGGAUGCCGCAGAGCAUGCUGAGUACACUGCCUGGGUCACAGGUCGGACCGUUCACUGGAAUCUUGUGGAGCUCAGCCGUCGUGUUGCGCGGCCCGAUCCUUACAAUGGCAAAAGCGCGGACGGGAGUUAUUCCCCUCGGUCGUCAUGGGAUGACAUGUGUUUAAGCGAGCUUCAGAUAUCUGCGGAAACGAAAGAGAUUCAACAGUUUCUUCGUUAUCCUCCGAAGCAUUUCCGCAAAGCAUGUUUGGGAUGGGACAUGAGGAGACGGCUAGAGGUUGACUUUGCUGGGGAUGAUGGUCAUUACGCGGGCGAGGCUAUCAUUGUCUUUGAAUGUGGUUUGGGAGAAGGGAACGGGUCCUCGAUCAAGCGCUUUACGCGGUGCAAGACGCAUGAGAAGGAGAAGGAUGACGUCUCUUCGCCCUCGCCGUUGCUCCCACCGCCAGCUUCGCUCUUCGGAAAUUCCAGCGAUAGCAGAACCAUAUCGGACGGGCCAAACUCUCGCUUUCUGGAAGACAUCCAGCGGACACGAAGCUCAUCGCACCUGUCCUCCAGUAGUUCGCCCGAGCGCAUGAAGUCCAUUGAAGAAUGGCGUUGCUCCCAGCUGAGCCUCGGUGGAUUGAGCAAUGUGCAGUUGACCGCAACUGCAUUAGAUCACUCCACCUAUGCCGUUCUAACCAUGUCGGAAGACCCAGCCCUGGGGUUCUCUACUGCCUCCACUGCGUCUUCGCCAUAUGCGUCCCCUGUAUCAGUAGCGAGCCAGCCAGCAUCGCCCGCAGAUAUUCCCGGCCAACGCGCCCGCUUUUUGGCCGCUGGAACCGCAACUGGAGCCGUUCUCGUCUGGGAUAUACGUUCUCCAGUUUCCCGUUCGUCCGGUUUCACCAAUACGAUCGAUCCUGUGCGCAUCAUCUACACAGACUCACCGGAGAUCUCCUGCAUUGGCCUCACUUCGCUUUAUCUUGUGCAUGGAGGUAACGACGGCCUUGUCCAGGCGUGGGACGUUCUGGCGUCUACCACUCAACCUAUCAAGACGCUGAACCCGCGGUUCUCGUCGCGUGCCCGCCGGCGACUUGUACAAGCUCAAGCAUCCGCGCAAGGCGUCGGCAUCAACAUGUUUGCGGCCGGCGCAAUCUGCCUAGAUCCAGAUCCGACUACUCUCCGAGGUGCAGUCUCGCUUGGCAAUCAGAUCCGUUACUGGAGUUAUAGCUCCACCGCAGCCGAUCAGUACAAGAGCAAUAAACGAAAACUGCGGCGCUCGGAGCGUGGGAGUAACAACGGCGGCGAACGAUUCUCAGGCACUGGGCGAGGCAAAUGGAAAGAUCAUAUAGCCAACGAGAAGUACGAAUUGGAGCGCGACCAGCGAGAGAGAGAUCGUCAGGCAGCUCGUUUGGCUGGUCGGUUUGGAGUGGACCUUCUAGGUAGCGAGGAAGAAGCUCUUGCGUACGCUGCCCUGCUGUCGCAAGAGAGUCUCGCAGAGGAGGAGAAGAAACGCAAGGACAGCGGGGCCAACAGCGUUUGGAGCAGUUCUAGCGCCAACCCUGCACCUAGCAUUCCGGGCAAUGAGGACAUCGAUGCUGACAUUGCCGAAGCUAUUCGUCUCAGUCUUCAAGAUAACCCUACAUACGAUGGGCCGUCAUCCAGUUUCGACAUCCCUAUAAUACCUGUGAAGGGUCAUAGAUCACCCGUUGUGAAGGGAAAGAGGAGCGCAAGGGCGGAGUCUAGCAAGCACGACGAGUUGUCCGAUUUAGAGUUCGCGCUGCAGUUGAGUCUAGCGGAGGAGCAGAGCAGGAAAGAAGCUGUGGGCGAUGAUGGCUUUCCAGUUCUCAUCCCCAAUAUGAGCCACAGUGGCAACGGGAAGGGAAAGGGCAGAGCAUGAUGAUGUUUAGAGUAUGGGUCUCCGUCCUUCCUCCCCCCUGCUCGCUGGUUCAUGAGCCCAGCGGUCUUUUGGUUGUUGGCUUUUCACUUCUGUUCGGUUUGUUCAACGGUGUUGCAUGCUCAAUGGCUUUCCUAUCCAUUUGGGUAGGGGCAGCUGGUUUCCGAUCAAUCCUUCAACUAUUACCCCUUCCGCCGAUAUUUUAAUGAUUCCGUUUUAUCCUCUAC